AAUCUUCCCAGAAUUACCCGAAAUCCGGAAGAAAGACUGAUCCGAAUCGACCCGAAAACCCGAAUGGUCAGACGAAGAAACCAACACACUAAAAACUCUUGGUCUCUUUAUCCUCCGAAUUUUCUCGCCGUCGCCGGUGAAUUUUGAGCCCUAGCACCGUCGUGAAUUAAGGAGGAUUCAACAAAUCAUGCUUGUCGGUGAGAAUUGUGUUCACGAGACAUACUACGAGAUUCUCUCCGUGAAAGAAGAUGCUAGCUAUGAAGAAAUCCGAAAUAGCUAUCGUUCUGCGAUUCUCCACUCUCAUCCAGAUAAGCUCAACAAUACUUCUCGUUCUAGCUCAGACGACGAGAAGUUUCUGAAGAUUCAAAAAGCUUGGGAAGUUCUAAGCGAUGCAGAGCUACGUGUAGUUUAUGAUAAUGAUCUUAGAUCUUCAAGACAUGAUGGAAUCACUGCUGAUGAGAUUAGUAUUGAGGAUAUGUCAGUGGAGAUUACUGGUGAUGUGAUUGAUCUUUUUUAUCAGUGUAGGUGUGGUGAUUACUUUUGUGUUGAUUCUAGUGAGUUAGGAACAAUGGGGUUUGCUUUGUUGAGAGAUGGUGAUUUUGUUUAUGUUAAGAGAUUGGGUGCUUUUGUGGCGUCUGUUGUUCUUCCUUGUGGUUCUUGUUCUUUGAAAACACGAGUUUGGGUUGAUUCUGAUAUGAAGAUUCCUAUCUAGGAUGGUCUAUUGUGAGCAAGGUGGUGAUUUGGGUUGGUACAGAAUUGAGUAAUCUCUAUUCAAGAUGAGUUUUUAAGACUGAAGUGAUCGUCAUGGUCUGGUUCGGAGGAGGAGUUCUGAUUGAGGAUGGUUAUUUGUGAUUGUGUGGAUAGGUUCAUAUAGGAAAAGUAUGGAUGGAGAUGAUUUCUUGUGACCAAUGUGAUCUCCUGCAAGCUUUUCUGUUGUGAGUUUUUUGUACUCAUUUAAUAUAGUUGUUGAACAACUUUUAGUUUGUAAGGAACUUAAAUUAUAAUGAGAAACAAAAGGGCCCUUUGGUUUUGCUACUCUUUUUUCCCUCUCUGGUUUCAGUUAUGUCUCCUUUUAAAUUUGCUGGAAGCUGAAUAUUCACGUGAAAUUAUCUUUAUUUUUGCGUUCUUGCGAAUAUCUGAUUCAGAACCUUCUUAAAGUUUUACUGUGCGUACGUUUGCGGAUAAGAACCUGACUGAGAAGAAGUGAUGUAGGUGUACUUGCAGUAGUACAUCAGGACUGUGCUUUCUCAAAAGAAUGAAAUUGUUUUUACACUGCCAAAUAUGGAUGUGAUGAGGAACAAAUUGUUGGUCUAUGGUAGACCGAAGGAUGGGCGAUACCACACUAGAUAGAGUACCAUGAUUCUUCAGGUAUCAAUCUUUCUAAGUGUGAACGUCUAAAGAAGCUGUGCAUACUUGUUUUAUUG